AUGACCCAGUACCAGCAUCAUCCUACUUUCCCAUAUCCCCUCCCGUCUGAUCACCCGCCGUAUCUGCUCCAUUUCUACCUCUCUCAUAAACGCCAUCUCCCCUCCACAGCCUGCAAUGCGAAACAACCUCGCCCUUCUCUAACACGCCAACGACUCGCUCGUCCGUUGGCUGCGAAAUCUCCUUUGCCUCCUCCUGUAUCGCCAAGGUCUCGCAAGCUACCGCGCAGACCACCUGUGGCUGUGCAAACAGUUGCACCAGAGGACAAGGAGCAGCAUCUCUCAAUGGCGACUCCUUUCUUGCAAUUCUGUGCCACCUGUGAGAGACAGAUAAUGAUCCCCAGUGACUCCAUCCUUUAUUGCAGUGAAAGUUGUCGACGAAAGGAUGCAUCAAAGUCCCUAGAGAUCACUUCUCAAAAGUCAACAUGCGGCACGAUGCCACCAAUAAUUUCGGGUUCAUGGCCAAAAUGCUCUCCCUCCUCCCCAACCAAAGCCAAAGCCAAAGCCAAAGUGAAUGCGAAAGCCAUUACUGUCCCAACGAGUACCUCAAACCGCACCUCGUGCUCGCUUCCUUCAGUGCGAACACCCACCACACAUGACGACAGAAUUUCUGAUCUAGAUCCAACUGAGUGGAAACCAAGCUGUAAAAGAAUCCACAGUAGCAGCAACUCCAUUAUAUCCAGCGAGGCUUACCGUUACCUAUCGCUAUUUCAAAAAGCAGAACCCCUCGCCCUGGUCACAGAUAAUGGCAGCAGCGGCAGUACCCGUCCUGUCCCCGUAUCCGAUGGAAGUUCAACCAGCAUCUCCACGACAGGCCAGGGCACUGUACCAUCCCUGGCACACUCCCCCACAACAUCUGCUACCUCGUCAGUCCUAAACAGUCCUACCGAAACAGUCUCAUAUGCACCUCCCCACCCUUUCCCACCAUCCCACGCCGCCCUCCUCCUGCCAGAGCCCUCCCAGGAGCAUCGUCAAUCUCUCUCGCCCCUUGUAUCUCGCCUCAACAGCUCAAGUGGCACGGGUUCUGGGAUCUCUCGGGACCUCGACCUUGUCACCGUGCCGUACAUUGCAGACCCGAAUGACGAUGGGUUGUCAGCCGAAAAUGGUAAAAAGACUGCGGCAGCUGCGUUUAUAAGCUAA